UAUGAUGCAGAGAACAUAUUUGACCAUUUAUCAUUGGAAGAACACCGGAUAAGCAAAACUUCAGAGGUAAAAAGACAAAUACAGAAGAUAAUUUAAGUGGGAGAGAAUGAGAGAAAAUAAGAUAGGAACUUCAAAUGAAUCACUGGUGACCAAAUUCAUCCUGAUCGGAUUAUCAGAAUAUCCCAAAGCUCAGAUUAUUCUCUUUUGGUUCCUCUUGAUGAUGUAUCUCAUUAGCAUUCUUGGCAAUGGAGUCAUCAUCAUAUUGAUCAUUGCUGACCGCCAACUUCAUACCCCCAUGUAUUUCUUCAUCUGUGUCCUUUCCACAAUAGACUUUAUUCUUAGCAACAAUGCAGUUCCUGAUAUUUUAGUGAACUGCUUCAUCUACAGGCCCACAAUUUCUUUCUCUAGAUGUUUGGUCCAAAUAUACAUGGGUGUAUUUCUGGUUGCAACAGAGUGCAUCAUUUUGGCAGUCAUGGCAUAUGAUCGCUUGGCAGCUGUAUGCCAGCCGUUAUACUACACGCAGAUCAUGAGUUGGAAAUUAUGCUUUUAUCUAGUCGCCAUGUCAGUGGCCCUUGCCUUCAUGACGACACUGGUCAACGUGCUCUUGCAGCCCACCGACUUCUGUGGCCAUCACACCAUCAACCAUUUUGCAUGUGAACUGCAAUCUUUACUCAAACUGGCUUGUUCCAACAGAGUCAGUGAGCUCUUUAUGCAUAUCUCCAGCUUCUUUCUGGUAUUCCCUCCCUUUGGCUUCAUAGUUGUGACAUACAUCCGCAUAGGCCUGGCUAUACGACAUAUCAGCUCUACCCAGGGACGCAGAAAAGUCUUCUCCACCUGUAGUUCUCACCUUGCUGUGGUCAGUGUCUUUUAUGGAACAAUUAUGAUCAUGUACUUGAGACCCGAAGGGAAAUCUGUUUCUGAAAAAGACAAGGUCAUAUCCUUAACAUACGGGGCUCUGACUCCCAUGCUCAAUCCUCUGAUCUACAGCCUGAGAAACAAGGAUGUCAAGGGGGCAUUUUGGAAGUUGAUUCAAAGAAAAACCUUAAUGUAAUGUACAUGUAUGCUCACCAUGUUCCAUGUAAGUUUUUACAGCUGACAAUCUCUACUAACCUUUUAAAAAGGAAUUUAAUAACCAGCAUUACGACUCCUAAUAAACCGAUGAAACAAUAAAGAAAUCACCGGCAAAAA